ACAUUAGAGAAUACUUUACCAAAAAAAUAAAAUUAGACAUCCACUUUUACAGAGAGAAAAAAAAUUAGAUAUCCACUUUUACGGAGAGAAAAUAUGAAAAGAAAAUAGAAGAUGCACCGAUAAUCAGAAAUGAUGGCAAGAACCCUAGGCCCCAAAUUGAAGCUCAGUGAAACAAAUUGAAGCUUUUCUCAGCUCGUUCCUCUCCCUACAACUGAAAACACAAACAGGCUGUAGUUUGUCCUGCCUUGCUUCUCAUGUACUAGUUUUGGAGAAAGCCUAAUAAUAUUAACACAAUAAAAGUGUUUUUUCUACUAGUGUUUGCUAACAGGGGUCAUAUGGUUUUUGAUCCAGUCAUUGACUAAUAGCAUCUCUUCAACAAGAGAAACACAAAUGGAUUCAUCACAAAGUCCAGCCGCAGGGGGCAAUGGGACACUGAUCUCUCAAACUAAUGAAACAACAGCUUCUGCAGCAGGAGCUGAUGAUCCUAUGCAGAAGCUGAACCAGGUCAGUAACUCCAUUCAGAAAACCUUAGGCCUUAUCCAUCAGCUGUACCUUACAGUCUCUACCUUCAAUGCUGCCUUUCAAAUGCCACUCCUCCAACGCAUCAAUGGUCUUGUUGCGGAGCUUGACAACAUGGUCAAAUUGGCGGAAAAGUGCAACAUUCAGGUUCCUAUGGAAGUUGUAAAUUUAAUCGAUGAUGGGAAGAAUCCAGAUGAAUUUACCAGAGAUAUUUUAAACAACUGUAUUGCAAAGAAUCAGAUCACCAAAGGAAAAACUGAUGCUUUAAAGAAUUUGCGCAAGCAUCUUUUGGAGGAAUUGGAGCAGAACUUCCCUGAUGAGGUUGAAACUUUUAGAGAGAGUCGUGCUGCUUCUGCUGCUGAGUUGAAACGUUUGGCGCAAGCACAAAGUGUACUACCAAAUGGAGAUGUGAGGGUUAAAGGAGAGCAUUGAGUGAUAUAUUUCUGAGGUCUUUGCUUUUCUAUAAUUUGUAGUAUGGAACUCUUGAUAGUUCUCUCUCUUUUUUUUGGCCUUAUUUUUACAUUUGUCUGUAGUGUAUAUCAACAAUGCUUCCUUAUUCUUGUAACUCAUAGUAUUGCUUACUUUUUAUCAAUGGAAUGCCAUUAUUAUAAU